UGGCUAUUAUAUCCAAGCUCAGUGUGCCGUUAUGAAUGUUUGAUGUAACAUCAAGAGUUACUUACAAGAACGUGCCUAACUGGCAUAGAGAUCUGGUACUACUAUGUGAGAACAUCCCCACUGUGUUGUGUAGAAACCAAAUGGAUAUUAAGGACAGAAAAUUUAAGGCAAAGUCAAUUGUCUUCCACCAAAUGAAUAAUCUUCAGUACUAUGACAUUUCUGCCAAAAGUAACUACAACUUUGAAAAGCCCUUCCUCUGGCUUGCUAGAAAUCUGAUCGGAGACCCUAACUUGGAGUUCGUCGCCAUGUCUGCUCUCACCCCGCCAGAGGCGGUCAUGGACCCAGCCACGGCAGCGCAGUAUGAGCAUUAUCUAGAGGUUGUUCAGACAACUGCUCUCCCGGAUGAAGAUGAUGACUUGUGA